CGUAUCUCUAUAGUAACAAAAUAAAACACAAAAAGAAGAUAUUAAAGUAAGAUGUCGAGAGAGAAAAAGUAAAAGAAGAUCGUAAAACGUCGGACGAGGUAUAAACGAGAAAAGAGAAAUUAAAACACAAGAGUGAUAAUAAUACAAAAGAAAACACGUUGAAACACCAUGACUCUAUAGCAAAAGAAGUGAAAAAUAAGCAAAAAAGAGGAAAGAUAAGAGGGAAAAAACACCUGCGGAUUGGAAAGAAGAGUAAGGGACAUGGUAUUCGUGAAGCAACCGCCGCCGAGCAACGCACCAAAAGAGGAUGAGAUAAAAGAAGAUAAAGAGACACUUCUAUGUCAGCCUGGAAGUAUUAAAACAAGAUAUUAAAAGAGCAUCUUGAGAUGAAGAAGAUUAAAUGAGAUAUGCCACCCGCCAUAUACACACCCGCAGAACAAAAUUCCUGCGAGACUUCACAACAGCGAUACGCUUAAGCGCUCCGCUCAAAGAUCGAGAAAAUGUACUGGAACAGUUUUCCGAGGAACGACUGCGAAAUGAACCCGUACACUUUCCCAAAGAACGAGGGUUCUUCCUUCUGCUUUGUGCCGGUCGACAUUCCCGGCGCGCGAGCGGGCUCGAUCGACGGGCGCACGUCGGCGGGGAUCGGCACCGCGACGUCUUUAGCCUUUGCGACUUCCUCUGCGACAGCGGGGGUCUUGGGCGCGGGCGCAGCAACGGGGGUAGCAGCAGCAGCAGCAGCAGCGGCCGACGACGACGCGGCGGCGACGACUUCAGGCACAGACUCUGGGACGUGCUUUGCAACUUCUUCCUUGACGGCGGUAGCGUCGGGAGUAGUGAUAUUCGUGCUCUCAGUAAGCACGCUCGAGAUCUCCGACGGCGCGGCAGUGACUGUUCUGGACGCAGCCUCGGUGACGGCCUUCGCGGCCUCCUUCGCGGCCUCGGUCGCAGACUGCGACGCCUCGACGGCCUCGCUCACCGCGCUGCCGGCAGCAUUAGCAAGGCUGGUGGUGAACGACGCAGAAUUCGCCGUCACCGGCGCGGCAACGGACUCGACCACCUUCGCAGCGGUCUCGGUAGCCACUUUCGCGGCCUCAGUCGCCUCCUUCGCCGCAGUCUCCGCGGUCUCCUUCGCGGCCUCGACAGCCUCCUUCGCGACCUCGGGCGCGCUCUCGGCGGCCUCGGCCACGGCCUUCACCGCAUCGGUCGAGGUCUCGACAGCUGUGCUCGCGACGUCUUCAACUGCGGCGGCAACUUCGACGGCCUUGUCGUGCACGGCCGCAGUGCUCGAUUCUGCGGUCUCGGUGACGGUCUCGGUGGCGGCAGUCACGGCUUCCUUGGCUUCUUCGACCUUGCUCUCGGCUUCAGCGCCCUCGGUGGGCGAGCUCACCAUGACAUAGUCCUCCUUGGCUUCCUUAGGCUCUUCAGCGGUCUCAGCAGCAGUCUCCGCAGCGGGGGUCUCCUCAGCAGUCUCCUCGGCAGGGGUCUCUUCGGCAGGUGUCUCUUCAGCGGGUGUUUCUUCAGCGGGGGUCUCCUCAACAGGCGCAGGAACAAACGGCUCGGCUGGGGUAAGCUUGUAGAACAAUUCCUCGGUGACGUGAACGACGCUGUUCUCGAUACCGCCUUCCCAAGCUACAGAACGGAAGAACGCGAGUUAGCAUGUGCAAUAAUACUUGUCCCCUCAGCUGUACACCAAAUGCUAUCCCAAUCUCUCGCAAUUACCACCUCCACACCACCCAACUCCGAUAACAACAACACCAACAGCAACAAACCAGCACGUGUACACGCACGCACACACAAGAAUCAUCACAAUCACAUACCAGUCUCAGCGCCAGGCGCAAGGAUCCAAUUUCCGUCCACGACGUACUUGUACUUAUACGUCUUUCCCGCGACGAGCGUAAUCGCGACCUGGAACUGGUUCGCCGACUCGGAGAAUCCGAGCGGAAUUGGUUUCCACGACGUGAACUCGCCCGCGACGGCGACGGUGCCGGGCAUGGGCUCGGUGGGGGCGUAGGAGAAAAGAACGGGACCGACGGCGACCAUUGUUGUUGUUGCUGCUGGUAUGAUACUGUUUAAAAGGUGAAAGAGGCGGUGGAGAGAGGAGGAAGUGAGGAGAAGUGAAAGUUACUCGGGGCGGGACGACGACGAAGUGGUCUUCUUCUUCUGCUUCUUCUCGGUGGAUAAACAAACCUUCUGCGAUAAACUUUGUUCAGAAAACCUUAUCGCCUCCGGAUUAGAAACG